UGGGAGACGGACAGAGAAGCAGGGGAAAGAGUAGUGCAGAUGGGGCUCAAUUUUAGUGCCUUAUUUGGCAAAAGUUGUGAAACUUUAUGAUGUGGUGAUGGCAGCGUGACAAGUGACAUGGGUGGAAAUUACCAUAUGGCUUAAGUACUGUGAUUCAGUCAGCCACAACACCGGAUGAGUCAAACUGCUGAUUUAUGGCUUUUAUGCAAAUAAAGAAGAAGCGGCUAAAAUUUGAUCCAGCAAAAAGUGACUGUCUGCACUUGGACAAUGACAGGAACGCUCCUAUUGUGGAUCCUCAUCCUAAAUGCCUCGCUCAAGCACUCAGAAAGCCAUGGACAUGACUUUGAAGAUGUAAAGGACUAUGAGGUGGUUCGACCUGUCAGACUUCACACAGUUAGAAAAAGACAUAUAGAGCAUCUCAGGCCAGAGACUAUUAAGUAUGCAAUGACAGUGGGAGGAAAAGACAUUGAAAUGCAACUAGAAAAAAAUAAUGAAUUACUCACAAAAGACUACACUGAAACUUACUACCAAGAAGAUGGGACUCAAGUCACCACAACUCCGAAUGAUAUCGAUCACUGCUACUAUCAUGGGAGAAUUGUGAAUGACAGCCAAUCAUCUGUUAGCAUCAGCACUUGUGAUGGACUCAGGGGUUACUUCAGAAUGUCUGCCCAGAGGUACCUGAUUGAGCCGCUGUCUGGCGAAGGGGAUGAGGGGGAUCAUGCGGUGAUGACUUUUGAUAACAAAACCUCCACACCUGCAGUGUGUGGUGUCACCAACACCAGCUGGGAUGCCGACUUUGAACCUCCAACAGGCCGGAGCCGCUCAAGAUCAGGGGGUAUCUCUAUUGUCCAGCAACAGAAAUAUGUUGAGCUCGUCCUUGUUGCUGAUAAUCGUGCGUAUGUGAAGAUGAAGCGAGAUCAGACAGAGCUGAGAAAGAGGAUAUUUGAAAUGGUCAACUUCGUCAAUAUGGCAUACAAGCCCCUGAGGACCUUCAUUGCUCUGGUGGGGCUGGAAAUCUGGUCCAAUGGUGACCAGAUUUCUGUGACCCCCCCAGCCGGGGCUAACCUGGAUGCUUUCAUGAAGUGGAGGAACUCUGAGCUGGUGCAAAGGAUAAAGCAUGACAAUGCACAUCUUAUCAGUGGUAUUGACUUUGAAGGCGCAACUGUGGGACUGGCUUUCAUUGGGACUCUUUGCUCAGGUCACUCUGUUGGAGUAGUACAGGAUCACAAUGACCGAGCCAUCGCCGUUGGAGCAACACUGGCUCAUGAGAUGGGCCAUAACCUGGGCAUGGACCAUGAUGACUCAAGCGCCUGUGCUUGUUCUGGUGAUAGCUGCAUCAUGGCUGCAGCACUCAGCUGGAAUAUUCCUCGGACUUUCAGUAGCUGCAGCAGCAACAACUACGAGAAAUACCUGACAAGCCGCAGCCCCAGCUGCCUGCUGGACAAACCACCCUACAGAACCCUGGUGGCUCCUUCAGUCUGCGGGAAUGGUUUUGUGGAGGAAGGCGAACAGUGUGACUGUGGCAGUGUGGAGGAGUGCAUCAACCCAUGCUGCAAUGCCACCACCUGCACCCUGAAGGAGGGAUCCCAGUGUUCUGAAGGCGAGUGCUGUGAGGACUGUAAGAUCUCGCCGCGGUCCAGGGAGUGCCGCAGGCAGCACGAUGAGUGUGAUCUGGCAGAGUACUGUGAUGGGCAGCGCCCCACCUGUCCUGAGGAUGUCUUUGCUGUGAAUGGCCUCCCAUGCGAUGGUGGCCUGGGAUACUGCUACAACGGCCAGUGUCCACAGAGGUCAAACCAGUGUCUCAAACUGUAUGGAUCAAGUGCUACAGAGGCCCCUCCAUCCUGCUACGACCAUAACACCAGAGGAACCUACUACGCCUUCUGCAGACGUCCCUCCAACGACCAGUUCUUCCCCUGCCAGCAACAAGACGUGUUUUGUGGGAAGCUGUUCUGCCAAAGCAGUAGUGAGAACCCAAACUAUGGCCGCAUGGUCAGAGUCGGUGACUGCAAGGCAGCUUUCUUUGCAGACUACACCCAGGACUACGGCCAGGUGGACACUGGGACUAAAUGUGGGGAUGGAAAGGUGUGCAGCCAGUAUGAGUGUGUGGAGCUUGACACAGCGUACAGAAAUACAAACUGUUCAGCAAAAUGCAGAGGCCAUGCUGUGUGCAAUCACAAAAGUGAGUGUCAGUGUGAGCCUGGUUGGAUGCCCCCUCACUGCAAUGUGAACGAUGGAGCUUCCGGUUCUCUUUCUACUGGAGUCGCUAUUGCCAUCGCAGUGACAGUUAUACUAGUGGUUUUAGGUGCCAUUGCUGGUGUGGUAGGAUUCAUUUGGAAAAAACGGCAAAGUCCCAUUUUGCCAACGGCACACCCCCCGAGGAAGCAGCCAGCAGUGGCCAGCUCCCCUCACCGCCUGAACAAAGGGCCAGUUCCUAGUCAACCCAUGCCAGUGCAGGCUGGAAGGCCAAAACCCAAACUAGCUCCACCUCCGCCACCUCCGGCAGGGAACAGACCGAAACCUCCAGGCCAGAACUACAUAGCUGCACGCCAGGCUCUGAGGCCAGUACCUCCGCCAAAGGCCUGACUUCCCUAAGUCCACUGUCCCCAACGAGUCAAGUUCCGGACAAGUUUCUAUUAAAGACUGCAGUUUUCUUUACUGCAGAGCUGUCUGAAGCAUGAUGGAGUGUUCGUGCCAGUGACGUGCACGGUGCAGGAGGGACAACGAGAGACUUUAAAUUGUUACUUGCAUGCCAUGCACUGAGGACUUGCAAUUACAGGGAUGAACUUUGGGGUUUUUUGAGGCACUUUUUUAUACUACUGGGUGAGUACAGCUCUGGCCCUGAAUGUGAGCCAUAUCAUUUUAUACAUGUUGUGUUGUUUUAUCACAUGGUACAGAAUGUGUAAAACACAUGCUGCAGACUGCAGUAAUUUGUUAAUAUUUUAUGUUGUAUUUUUAAGCCUAAAAUAUAUCCUAAACUGCUUUGAUUAACUUGGUCUCAAAUUUCUCUGGUGAAUUAUAGUGCAAACUAAUGAAAUAUUAAUGAUUUCAGAUGAAAACAAACUGUUAUUUCCACUCUAAAGUUCUGUAAUAUGCUACAUGUCAGCAUUUUUUGUUCAAGCAGUGCCUUCAUUAAAUGCUGUCAAAACUGUCAAAUGAGAAAAUGCAACAAAGGAAUAGAUAAAUGUUGGUGGUGAUAUUUUGUUAAGAGAUACAGUAGGUCUGUCAGAUUGUAGAUAAUGCCAGAAUCCAGUGUUAAGACAAAUAUACAGUACACUGUGUUAAACAAGAUCAAAUACAUUUCCAAUUAAAGCUAUAUUGCGUUGUUUCUGUCGCCCCCCCAUGAGGAUUAAAAAAAACAAAACAUGAUGGACUCUUCAGAAGAGGUCAUUAUCUUCACUCGAGCUUCUGCGCGGGAAAGUCACCGGACGCCACAAUCUUCUGAACACAGCCACACUGAGAAAUCCAGAGAGAGGUGUGUGGCGCUGAUAGUCUUCAUUAGCUUUGUAGCAACUCAUGUCAUAGUGCUUAUUGUCUCAAUUGAGUUCACUAUGUGAACAGGUACAUAAUAACAUAACAAAUAACUAAUUCAGGACUGAAGGUGGAUUUUUUUUUUUAUGUGGCAUGGCUUAAAGGGGGCAGCUUAAAUGUAGCAGCAUUACUAACCAAAUCCUUGAGCAGUGAGGAUACAAAGCAGCGGAAAGUUCAGUGACUAUUUCAGUACAAUUUAGCCAAUAUCUAAAAAAAAAACACUAUGUUACUGUGCUGUGUUAAAGAGGGCUGUAACCCAGGCGGCAGUAAACUUGAUGUCAGAAGGCCUCUGACUGAAUAUUACUCCUGUCCUCUGUGACAGCUUGCCCUUGAGCUAGGCAGACCCCAGCUCCAAGCAAGAAUGUCUAUAAUGUGUCACUUAAAAUGUUUUGAAAACAGAAAUGCUUGAUAUAAUUGAAUCAUGGGAAAUAAACCUUGUUUUGUACAAAUGCA